AUGUCGAAGAAGAAGGGCAAAGGCAAGGGCAAGGUUAAUACGAGCGAAAAGAAUAAUGUGGGCUCUUUGGUGACUUCUGGCGCUGGGCAGGCUGCUGGGGGAAUAUUAGACAGCUCGCGAAAAGCGUUGCCUCGGAGUGUAGCCACCGUAACGGGUAGUGACACUCGAGAGGGGUCUGGUGCUGGGCCGGGUCGUGAAAUGGAGCAACGAGCUAAAUCCACGAUAAAGAAAUCGAAACCCGUUGUCCCAGCGGCGGAGGAUGAAGAUAUUGAUGAAUCUGACGAUUCCACCGACGCUACUGAGACUGGAGAGGUAGACAUUGGAGCCGAGAUGGCUGAUGUUGCGAACGCUGCUCUUCCUGUGAGCGUGGAGCUGCUCUCAUUUUGGGAAUGGAGUCGCCUAGACGCCCCUGCUCACCUCCUUGCACUCAGCGCAGGAUUCCGGGCCUCUCUCCGCUCUGUUGCGUCAAGGGUGGCAAGUGGGUUGCGUGUGAGGAUAAUUAAUGCUUCUAAAUUUGAGGGUAGUAUUGACAACCAUAUACGUCACGAAUCAAAACAAUAUCCGGGCCUUCGUGCUGUGUUGGGGCUGAUUGGUGAUGAGGAGACGGUGUCGGCUCUACCAGCACUCAAGGAGCACAACCUUGUUGCGUUUGCGCCGUUCACCUGGUCGAGCCGGGUGCGUGGGUGGAACCCGCACCUGUACUUUGUGCGGCCCGACCCUGUCUCUGAGCUGCUGGCGCUUCUGCGCUACUCCGUCUCCCAGCUGCGUGUGCGGCGGCUAGGGUUCAUGUACCUGCGGGGUGUGGGGUUCGGUGAGAUGGAAUACGCGCACGCCGUGAGGGUUCUGUCACGCAUGGGCUACACGCUGAGCGGUGUGUUCACUGUGGAGAGCUCUGUGGCUGGCUCUGCUGAAGAUGCCGCGUUCAGCGCUGCGUGGGAGACGUUCGCCGAUACUCGCCCACAGGCCGUUAUUGUGUUUGGUGCGCCAGGGAGGGACACCGCGAAGUUUGUUGAAAAGAUGCUGACGGACCAGCGUACUGCGUCCGCCUACCUGCUUGGCCCCUCUGCUGUUCAAGCCACACUUCUAAGUGCUUUGCGUGCUGCUGUUGCUCGUGGGGCUGCUGCUGUGCGUGGCCAAGUGAUCACAACGGGAACGAAUCCGCUUGCCAACAAUAAUCGCAUUCAAGCGAUGAAGCGCUUCCAGAAGGAUAUGAAGGAGUACCUGACGAAGGCAACUAAUACGGGCUACAGUGACAAGAAUCAUUUCUCAAAAAAUGAUCAUGAUGGUGAGCUGAUGGUUGCUGGGUGGAUCGCCGGGGAGGUGCUUGUGCGUGCGCUAGGGAGUCGUGCGUGGCUGAAAGGCAGGGGUUUGUUCUCCCGUUCUUUGUUCAAUCAGCGUCGUUAUUUAAUUGACGACCUUGUGAUUGGCGACUACGGUGGCGUGUGCAGGGGGGCUGCGGCGUCUAACGGUGCUGUGUGCCAGUGUAACCAAGGUGGGCGGACUGUUUACAUGAAGCGCUUUGUGGAGAACUUUCGAGUGGAGGCGAUACCUGAGGGGCGGGCAACUUUUGGGGUGAUGGACUGUUACGGCUCCUCGUACUGGGUGCAUUCGCCUCUCAACGGUGUCUGCGUGAAGAUGAACGCCGUUGGAUUGGCACCGCAUGCCACGACAAGCUUGUUGGAGGGUGCCUUGGCGGCGUUGACACGCGAAAAAAUGGAGAACACCCACGAGGUCUUUUUACACUUACUGAGUUCGAAUGCAGCUGAUGCUUCAGAGGCACUCAAGCAGGAAAUAGAAGAGAGAGUGACAGAUGCUGUGGUGGGAAUGGUAACGGAGAAGAUGCUGGAGCAGUCGGAGGUCACUUUCAUUGAUCCGGUGUUCCUUCAGCCGCGGCUGAACCACUUUCAGAGGCAUGUGAUUCACCUGUCACCGACGCUGGAGCAGGAGCUCUUUGUGNUCAGCCGCGGCUGA